GUCGGCGGGACCCGAUCGUGGAGCCGGGUCACCCCGGCACCUGCGUGGGGAGGAAGCGGGUCCCUGGGAGGAAGGAAUGGCUUUGGUUUCCCGCAGUCUGGUGUGCACGUAAAGAAUGCAGCCAUCUGGCGGCUUGCGGUCCUUGGACUUGCCCCGAAGGUGGAAAGGAAGCCUUUCGGAUUGGACUAAGGUUUUAAUCAGCGGCGGUGGAAGGCGGGAGGAUAUGCAGGGCCUUAAGGAACAUAGUCUCCGAGAACAAAGAAUUACAGAGCACCCUCAGUCAUAAUCUUGCCCAAAGUCCUCUAACAAGAUAAUUAAAACAGGGUUAGGUAGCAUGCGACCUUUAAAAAAAAUGGCAUCCCACGAACCUGCAUGGUCUCCAUAGUUCCAUGAUUCGUGCCACAAACCGCUGGAGUGAUUUCAGCGCCUAGGAUGGAAACUAAUGAGCAACCGAAAAUGAUGAGUACACUGGUUGACAUCGGGCAAAGAUUAGACACCUUUUUAGACACGCUGUUCUUGAGCACCACUGACAACGCGGUUGUACCAGCAUUUCAUGACAAUGGAUGGUGACAGUUCUACAACAGAUGCUUCUCAACUAGGAAUCUCUGCAGACUAUAUUGGAGGAAGUCAUUAUGUUAUACAGCCUCAUGAUGAUACAGAAGACAGCAUGAAUGAUCAUGAAGAUACAAAUGGUUCAAAAGAAAGUUUCAGAGAACAAGAUAUAUAUCUUCCUAUUGCAAAUGUGGCAAGGAUAAUGAAAAACGCUAUACCUCAAACGGGAAAGAUUGCAAAAGAUGCCAAAGAAUGUGUUCAAGAAUGUGUGAGUGAGUUCAUUAGCUUUAUAACAUCUGAGGCAAGUGAAAGAUGUCAUCAAGAGAAACGAAAGACAAUCAAUGGAGAAGAUAUUCUCUUUGCCAUGUCUACCUUAGGCUUCGACAGCUAUGUGGAACCUCUGAAAUUAUACCUUCAGAAAUUCAGAGAGGCUAUGAAGGGAGAGAAAGGAAUUGGUGGAGCAGUCACAGCCACAGAUGGACUAAGUGAAGAACUUACGGAGGAGGCAUUUACUAACCAGUUACCAGCUGGCUUAAUAACUGCAGAUGGUCAACAACAAAAUGUUAUGGUUUAUACAACAUCAUAUCAACAGAUUUCUGGUGUUCAACAAAUUCAGUUUUCAUGAUCUGAAGAAAUGAUGGGGUGGGAGUGUAGAGAAGAAAGAAUGUGUACGAUUCUGGAAUGGAGACAUCGGAAGGAAAUGACUGGUGACAAGAUGUCUCUGUGUAUUAAAUAGCUGUAAUGUAGCUUCCUGAUGCCUGACUAAUUGAGGUGUUAAUUCUGACUUAAGAAUCUUUUUCAUGAAUGAUUUUAAAGAAAAAUUUGGAUUUUAAAGGUAUUAAAAUAUUUUUGUUUUGUACAAGUUUGUUGCUCUGUAUGACUACUGUAUGCAUUGUAUAUUGCAAAUUUAUUACUGUCAGAGAUUUGUAGACAGUUUCUUAUUUUUAUAUUGAAUCAUAUUACUUUUGUAAUUCAAGUAAGCAGCUGGGUUUAUUCAUGAUGUUUGCCCUUUUAAUAAAAUAUAAGGGUAGAGUUCAUUUUGAAUGCAAGUUGCCUUUAUUAUAAAUUUGAGUUUGUCUUGGUUAUAUAACAUCUUGCAUGAUAACUAACCUAGGUAGAUUUUUAGCAUUUGCCAUAUUUAUUAAAAUUACUUUUUUUGGGGGGUAAGACAUUCAUAGCUUAAGCAGCACCAUUUUUUAAAACAUGUAAUUUAGUAAUUAAGUGUGAAUGCAGAAGCAAAUAUUGUAUGUCUGCCCUAUUAAACCUGGUGCCCAUUAACAGUGUUUACACUGUUCAUUGUGCCUGUUAACAUAGUUUUACUUAUCGGAACUUUUGUCAAGACUAGAUUUGCUUUUGAGUUUUACAUUAUUAUGAGUGUUGGAAUUCAUUUAAGUUUAAUGUCGUCUUAACACUCUUAAAAUGGUGCCCUUUUCAUUUGGCAUAUAAUUAUUUCAAAGCGUAUCUUCAAGUACUAUAAUAUCCUCUUCCAGAAGAGGAAUUUUAUGUCCUUAUUUUACCUUUUUAAUUGCAGUGUCAGAUUUCCCAUUAUACUACGGGAACCAAGAAAUGUCAGACAUCAUUGUGUGUACAAACCUUUUGCACGGGUGAGUGAGUGAAACAGAAAACAGUGAGUGCUAUGAACAGUGUGAAGCAGAAGCCGCCAACUUCUCCUGUGCUGUCUUGAUCUUUGCAAUAAACUAAACUUAGAUAAUGUAACUUUGUAUAAUUUAGUAGUAUGGGUUGUUCUUUUUCUAAAGUUAGGACUGUAUUUUCUCAUCUGUUUUUUUUGGUGAUAAUUAACAUGAGGGUUUUUGUUUUUUGUUUUAAAUAUUAAAAUUUGUUAUUGUAUAGUUUGCCUAAAAGGAAGUUUGAGUGAAUGUCAUCUUUGGAGGACACUCAAAUUUAUAAGGUAGGAGCAUGUUCCUAGGUAUAGGCCAAACAGAAACAUUGACCUUGCUGGAAGGAGCCUUUGAGGCAUAUUUUGGCUACUCUAAAGUUAUUAACUCGCUCACCUCUUAUUCCCCCUACCAUUUAAAAAAUAAUCUUGUUAUAGAAAAUUCAAAUAGAAAAAAAUGAGCUAAGCAAAAUCACCUAUUAAUACCAUCUUAUGUUGAAUAACCAAUGUUAAUAUUUUGAUAAAUAUCAUUUGUCCUUUUACUUUGCUAAAUAUGUAUAUUUUUAUAAAAAUGGGCUCAUAUUGUGCAUAAUGUUUUGUAACCUGCUCUUUUCACUUUACAAUAUAUUGUGAACAUCUUUCCCAUGUCGUGCAUAGUCUUCUGCAUCAUUUUUAUUGGUUUAUUCUGUUGUAAGGCUGAAUCAUAAUUUAUUUGACCUUCUAUUGGACAUUUUUGACUAUUUUCAUCUUUCCACAGUUAUAAACACUUCACUGAAUCUUGUAUACAUCAUGACUGUUUUCUUAAAAUAAACUCUUGAAGUAGAA